CCCAGGCUCUGGGAACUGUCCCCUCUGUUUCCUGACACGUGGCCCAACCUCCCUUACCUGGAGUUAGGCGGUCCAAAGUGAAGCAACUCCUUGCCUUUACCCUGUGCCUUUGCAGAGACAUCAAGCAAGCAAGCAGCAGCCCCAGCGAGCCCAGGCAUCAGCGGCAGAAGCCUGGGGGAAGCAAGUCCCCUCCCGAAUGGGGCUGCUGGAGCCCAGACCCUUGCAGCCUCUGCAGGCAGCAGCAGUGGGAGCCGGGACUGAAGAGGUUAACGUGCAUCUGCCUCCGAAUGUUAAUGUGUCUAGGUGAUGUCAGUGGGAGCCGGGAAGGAGGGAGUUGAGAGCGUUGGGCUGGGAGGCAGCAGAGGCUGCCAGGCUGCCGAGGAAGACCCCCUCCAGCCUGCGGGGUGCGCUCCAGGACCAGGCGGCCAAGGGAGCUGGUGGCUGCCGCAGCCUGCGUGGGUGGACGGGAGCUCAACUCUGGGGGCGCAGGCAACCUGCUCCAGCUGCAUGGACCUGCAAGCCGCGCUGCUGCCCACUGGCCCCAAUGCCAGCAACGUCUCCGAUGGCUCAGACAACCUCACUGCCCCGGGGUCCCCUCCACGCACAGGCAGUGUCUCCUACAUCAACAUCAUCAUGCCUUCGGUGUUCGGCACCAUCUGCCUCCUGGGCAUUGUGGGGAACUCCACGGUCAUCUUCGCGGUCGUAAAGAAGUCCAAGUUGCACUGGUGCAGCAAUGUCCCCGAUAUCUUCAUCAUCAACCUCUCCGUGGUGGACCUGCUCUUCCUCCUGGGCAUGCCAUUCAUGAUCCAUCAGCUCAUGGGCAAUGGGGUGUGGCACUUCGGGGAGACCAUGUGUACCCUCAUCACGGCCAUGGACGCCAACAGUCAGUUCACCAGCACCUACAUCCUCACUGCCAUGGCCAUUGACCGCUACCUGGCCACUGUCCACCCUAUCUCUUCCACCAAGUUCCGGAAGCCUGUGGUGGCCACCCUGGUGAUCUGCCUCCUGUGGGCCCUCUCCUUCAUCAGCAUCACCCCAGUGUGGCUCUAUGCCAGACUCAUCCCAUUCCCGGGGGGCACGGUGGGCUGUGGCAUCCGCCUGCCCAACCCGGACACUGACCUCUACUGGUUCACCCUGUACCAGUUUUUCCUGGCCUUUGCCUUGCCUUUCGUUGUCAUCACUGCCGCAUAUGUGAGGAUCCUGCAGCGCAUGACAACUUCAGUGGCCCCCGCCUCCCAGCGCAGCAUCCGGCUGCGGACCAAGCGCGUGACCCGCACGGCCAUCGCCAUCUGCUUGGUCUUCUUUGUAUGCUGGGCGCCCUAUUACGUGCUGCAACUGACCCAGCUGUCUAUCAGCCGCCCGACCCUCACCUUCGUCUACCUAUACAAUGCGGCCAUCAGCUUGGGCUACGCCAACAGCUGCCUCAACCCCUUUGUGUACAUCGUGCUCUGUGAGACCUUCCGCAAACGCCUGGUCCUGUCUGUGAAGCCCGCGGCCCAGGGGCAGCUUCGCACCAUCAGCAACGCUCCCACAGCUGAUGAGGAGAGGACAGAAAGCAAAGGCCCCUGACUUCGUCCCAUCACGUGGACAUCUCCGAGCCAGGCCGCCACAGCAAGUCAUGGGGAGAGACGCUGAGAGAAACCCGGGGCUUCCCCGGGGGAAGGCAGGGCGGCUGGGGUGGUAAGGGGUUCCGGCACCUGCUCAUUCCAUGGGGUCCAUGGACAAUGGGGGCGGCCUGGAACCACGGUAGGGGGCUUCAGACAUCAGAAAUCUGCACGAGGCCUUGGUGGAACAGAAGCUGAGCACAAAGAAAAUACUGGUUUGAAGGUCCCACAGAGCUCUACUUUUGGGGGGUACUGGGGAUUGAUCUUGGGACCUUGCACUUGUGAGAGAGGCGGUGGAACCACUGAGCUAAAUCCCUAGCCCCUGAGCUCUUUGGUUACCCCCCAAAUGUCUUUUUCCUAGGGGAAGAAAUGGGUUUGUCCGGGGCCCUGGGGGAUUGGUAAAGUUGGCAUAGCCCAACCACUCUUUCUAGUCUCUCAUCACUGUGCUAGAAGGCAGCUUUUCUCCCAAGCUGGUGGCAGAGGCCCAGGGAAGCCUGCUGUCUCCUGCCCAGCGUGCUGUGUGGUUCCGUCUGUCCAGGCGAUGCAACUCUGUGCUGGGGGUGGGGGGCUUUGAUCCUACCAGAGCAGAAAGUGGCCUGGGGUAUGGGGUGGGGGUCUUCAAAUGCAUACAAAUGGGGGAAGGGACAUCUGAAGCCUUGGGGACAUUUUCUUCAUGGGCCACACGGGCACAUCAGUGGCUGAUCCACAGUGGACGCCCAUGUGCUCUGCAUGUGCAGGGGGGUCAUUCCAGCACCUAGGGUGCUGACACCAUCUUUCCUCUCCAGAAUCAAAGUGAAUAAAAGAAAAUCUCCACCCACAGGUCUCUGGAUGCUCUGUGUAGUCGCUUGGGCUCUGGGAUAGGGGUGGGUAGCAUACAAGGGAAAGAGGGAUGCCUUGGUGGUGUGGCAUUAAGAUUUUGGUUUGGCCUGCAUUUUAGGGAGCCUUGAGUAGGGGGUCUGCUUUUGCUAAACCUGUGGGGAUGAUCUGGACAACACUAAUGGAAUUACUGUGAAUUCAUUAGAUUGCAACCCUGCGGAUAGGCUGUUUCCUGGCUUUUGCACAAAAGCUCUGGACCUCUCUUUGUCAUUGAUCCUGAUCCUUCAGACCCAAGAAUCCCACUCCCACAUCCCCCGCUGAGUCACCGGCAGCAGGGCGACUCUUGGGGCAGCCCUGCCCAGUCUCUGCAGGCUACAGCUGGGAUCUGCCUACCACUCUGAGCUGGUUACAGCUGGAGCCGCUGGGAGGCGGCCACGGCUGCUGCUUCUCGGCCACUUCACUGAGGGGGCCGGAGCCGAGUCCCCAGUGCGGCACGCAAUCACAGAUGCUAAGGAAAUAGUGGGCAAAUUGUCCAGAAGCAUCCUUGAAGCAGACGCAGGAGCCCAGCCCAGUCCUCACGCUGGUCGUUCACAGCAGAGUUGCAGCCAAAGCUCCUCAGAAAACUUCUGGGCAGCCCCUUUGGGUCCUAGAGAGCUCUUUUCAUCAGACUGUUAGUAGUAGGAGUUUCCAGCCCGCGGGUUGUCUUCCUUCCUUGCUCAGAGUAGGGUCUCUGCUACAGGAAAGCUCUAGUUCGGCCAAUAAAAGGCAAAAGAUGCUGAAGGGAGACUUGAGUUAAGUGCAAGAAGACCCAAGCCCUAACCACUAGUUUGUUACCAGAGGUUGUCGUGAAGCGAAUUUAGGGAGUGGAAGGUUUCCCUGGGGAUCUGUUGCCCCUGCUCCGACCCCUCCAGCCUUGAACCCCCUAGUCCUGCACAGGGGAAUUCUUUAGAGGAAAGAGGUAGGUGAGGUGUCCUCUCCCAGGGAAUUCAAGUCACCAAGCAACUCCCAAGGUGGCAGCCCAGCAUCCUGGGGGACGGAGCAUCUAGUCCUCAGCUCUCGAUUCUAUGCCGAAGCUUGAAAUGGAAGCAAAGCGGACUGAGUCAAAGAGUGAGUGGGCGGGCUGGGGAGUUAGCUCAGUGGUUCUGCUGCCUGACUCACAAGCACAAGGACCUGAGUUUGAUCGCCGGUACAAAAUAAAACCCAAAAACCAAAAAACUGAGUGGGAGGUAAGGUAAACAAAAGAGAAGGCAUGCCAGGCUUGGUGGCACAGGCCUGCAUUCCCAGCACUCUGGAGGCUGAAGCAGGAGGAUUGCAUGAGUAGAGGCCAGCCCACGCUACAUAGCAGACCCUGUCUCAGAAAAAAGAGAGCAAAAGAGAGAGAAGAGGAAAUACCAGGGGGAACAGAGAGGGUGGUAGGAGGAUGGUGGGGAGACCACUGCAGUGGGUGUCGCUUCUUAUCUCUCUCCAGCCUGAUCAGUAACCUGAACACACUUGCAGAGAGCUGAGAGGGCGAAGAGCCGACGGGUAGGUUGCCAGUGGGACCGGCUUCCUGGUGGCAUUGGUAGAAAUAGUGGACUCGGUACAGGGCUCACGGGCAGGUCAGAGAAUGAGCCCUAUUCCUUUGAUCUAGGAUGUGCCUUGCCAGAACCAGGGGCUCUGGUGAGAUGCAGAGGGAAGGAGGGAAGUGGUCAAGUUCAUGCAGUUGAUCUCUUUGCUCCUUUUCUUUAUCCAACCCCUAACCACUGUCUCCCGAACCCCAACAAGUCACUUCCCCAACCCCAGUGAGUGCUUCAUGCCCUGCUGCCCUGUCCUUUCCCCAGGAAACAUUUCCUCUAAAUGUGAAGGAGAGGUUGUGAAACUCCUCCACGGUGGAGGAGACCCACAGCCGAAGCUAGGACUGGAGUGGAGCAGCCCAGAGUGCAAGUGGAAGCCGGAAAUCCUUCGUGCGUGGAUGUUCACUGGCAAAUAGCAUCAGCACCCAGGACAGUGGCUGACACUGAUUUUUAUUUAUUUUCUG